AUGGUGCACAAGUCAAAGCUCAAGUUGGCCCUUGCGGCCGAAAAGGGCUUGGAUUACCGUAAGAUCAAGGAGAAGCGCAAGCUCAAGGCCAACUUGAAGGAGAAGGAGAAGAAAAAGGCAGAGAAGGCAAAGCGCGAGCGUGGCGACGACGCGGAGUCAGAUGAGGACGACGAGGGGUGGCAGGAUGAGGAUGAGAGCGACAAGGAUGAGGUAGAGAACGGCUUAUUCGACAUGGAGGCAGAGGAGUCGGACGACGACGACGGCGAUGAUGACGACAAAGAGGUGCGCUUCAGACCCGGAAGGUUUGCUAAGCCAUAUCAACAGACACGCCGGACUAACACAUCGUCUCUUCCGCAGAUCAACUUGGGCAACUUGGAAGACAGCGAAACCGACUCCGAGUCCGAGGUAGAGAUGGAGGCCAAAAUCAUCCGCCCGAAAAAGUCAAAAGACAAGAAGGAGACAAAGGACAGGACACCAAAGAAAGCCAAGCCUGCCGCCGCAGCAAAUGAAGACGAUGGAGACGACGGCGAAGAAGAUGACGAGGACGAAGACAUCCCAAUGAGCGACCUGGAAGACCUCCCCGAGGACGACAAGUCGGACCUGGUGCCGCACCAACGCCUGACGAUCAACAAUACGACGGCGCUGCUGGCCGCGCUGAAGCGCAUCGCCCUGCCGACCGACGGCACCGUCCCGUUCGCGACGCACAUGUGCGUGACGCCCGCGCCCGGCACCGCCCCGACCGAGGCCUCGAUCCCCGACGUCUCGGACGACCUGGCCCGCGAGCUGGCCCUGUACAAGCAGUCGCUCGACGCCGCCAAGCGCGCCCGCCAGCUUCUCCGCGCCGAGGGCGUCCCCUUCACCCGCCCCGGCGACUACUUUGCCGAGAUGGUCAAGCCCGACGAGCACAUGGAGAAGGUCAAGGCCAAGCUGGUCGAGGAUGCCACCGCCAAGAAGGCCGCCGCCGAGGCCAGGAAGCUCCGCGACCUCAAGAAGUUUGGCAAGCAGGUCCAGGUCGCCAAGCUACAGGAGCGCGCAAAGGCAAAGAAGGACACGCUGGAGAAGAUCAAGGAUCUCAAGAGGAAACGCCAAGAAGGCGGCUCCUCGGCCCUCGGCGAGCGCGAGGCCGACAUCUUUGACGUGGCCGUCGAGAACGAGCUCAAGAAGCCGAGCGGCGGCAAACGCAACUCGGCCUUUGGGGACCGAAACCGCGACGAGCCGAACCGCAAGCGUCAGAAGAAGAACGACAAGUACGGCUUUGGCGGCAAGAAGAAGUACUCCAAGUCGGGCGACGCCAUGAGCUCCGGCGACCUCGGUGGCUUCAGCGUCAGCAGGAUGAAGGGCAAGGGUGGCAAGGGCGCAAAGUCGGCCCCCAGGCCCGGUAAGAGUAAACGAGUGGCUAUGGCCUCCAAGAGGAGAUGA